CAAGUAUAAAAGGCGGACAUUUUGAAAGAUUUUAUUAUCAGGUCUCUAACAUGAUGAUGUGCAACACCAUGCAAGAAUUACUUUUCUUUGUUUUGGUAAUAUUCAGUGAUGUUUUCAUAUGUAACGGUUCGGUGCAGUCUUCAGCCUGGGCAAGCGAACCUGCAUAUGAUAAUAAGAUAUCUGACGACUUUGUUGUAGGAACAUUAAACUCUUCCAGUAAGAUAAAGUGUGUCAGCGAAUGUGAUAAAAGGACGGAUUGUGCUUCAGUUUUUUACAUGAAAACGCCGCCAUUAUGCCAGCUUCACAGCGUCAGAUUUCCAUCGCACAGCUCAGACGUCCUGAAGUACUCAAAGCCAAAACCUGGAACGAAAUAUUUUUACAAUAAAAAAGAAAACGCAAUAACAACCCCAACUACAUCUACAACAUCAACAACAACAACAACAACAACACCUACAACGAUGACGUCAACAUCUAAAACAAUGACGUCAACAACAACGACAACGCCAGCGACAACACAACAUUGUGCCGGAUACCAGUAUUUUUCAAAUAUUAACAAAUAUAUCAACAUUUUGCCUGAAGUAUUCAGUUGGGACGUCGCAAAAACUAACUGUAAAGCGAACGGAGGACACUUUCUCUCAGUCACAGACCAUGCUACAUGGAAGGCCGUUGCUACAUAUGCAAACAGUAGUAACAUGGUUGCAUUGUGGGUGAACGCUAGAUACGACGACACUAGGGAUGAUUUUGUAUGGCAAGACGAUUUUUCAUCGCUGAAGAACAACCCACUGUGGACAAAAAAUCAACCACAGUACCCACAGAUGGACACAAAAUGUGUAAUGAUGUUAAAAAUGUAUGACUAUCUUUUUGAUGACACGGAAUGCUUGAACGACAAUGGGAUACAUCCGCUUUGUUACUGUACCUAGAAAGCAGCCAGUUAUUUCGUUAUCUAUGUAAACGAAUGUUAUAUUGACGGUAUUGUGACUUGAAACAUUCACGUAUAACACAUUAUUCAUUUCUCUUAAUCAUAUUUCGAUCAACUUGAUACAUUACUUCCGGUUUUCUGAUUUAAAACAUACCUCUGUUGUGUAAUUUUUCCGUAUAAAAAUUUAAAGCAGCACGCCUCCAGAUUAAUGCUUAUUUUCAUGAAAAAUUUGAAAAUGUAAUUUAAAGUGUAACAUUUUAAAGUGACCAAAAGGAAGCAAUUUACAUAUUAUCAAUAGCAUUUACAUCCCAUGGUAAGUAAUAGAAAGAGCAUCGAAACACGAGGUUAUCUAAUUUGUACGAGGGGGCG